GUGCUUGGAUGACGUGAGACGCUGGGAGGGGGUAGCGAUGUAGGGGUGUGACGUCAUCAGUCUGGCAGCCCGUGCUCGAGCUCUGCUUGUCUGUGGCCAGUCAAGUGUGUUUUCGAAUUCAGUUUAGCAAUGGCGGAGGGAGAGCAGCUGGUGCCGUCUGCUAAGCGCUUCUGCUCUCGGAGCCAAGCAACACUCCACCGUGCUUCAACGGCUGGCUCCGGGCAGCCAACCCGCGUGUGUACGUUUAACCCGGAGUCUUUGCUUGACUGCGCGGCUAAGACAGUAGCCGAGAAAUGGGCCUUCGAGCGGGUGGAAGAGCGCUUUGAGCGCAUCCCGGAGCCCGUACAACGGCGUAUCGUCUAUUGGUCCUUCCCAAGAAACGAACGCGAGAUAUGCAUGUACUCUUCUUUCCAGUACCGCGGAGAUGAGAGCCCCACUGGACCGGUUCAAUCCGCCUCAGGAGGGGGGAAUGGCGGAACGGGUAGUGGAGGAGGUAGUUCGGGGCUGGGCAGCGGCGGGGCCAGCAGCAGUUCUGCCGCCGGGGAUGGACUUCCCUUUCGUCGGGGGAUUCGCCUUUUGGAAAGUGGUUGUGUGGAGAACGUUCUGCAAGUCGGGUUUCAUCUCAGUGGCACGGUGACGGAACCUGCAACUCCGUCAGAACCAGAAAUGACAUACAAGGUUGCCAUCAGUUUUGACCGCUGCAAAAUCACCUCUGUGACAUGUGGCUGUGGAAACAAAGACAUUUUUUAUUGUGCUCAUGUGGUUGCUCUUUCCCUGUAUCGGAUUCGCAAGCCAGAUCAGGUGAAGCUACGCCUACCCAUCUCAGAGACCCUUUUCCAGAUGAACAGGGACCAAUUACAGAAAUUUGUACAGUAUUUAAUCACUGCACAUCACACAGAGGUCCUUCCAACUGCACAAAAACUUGCAGAUGAAAUCUUGUCUUCAAACUCUGAAAUCAACCAGGUCCAUGGUGCUCCAGACCCAACGGCUGGUGCUAGCAUAAAUGACGAGAACUGCUGGCAUCUGGAUGAGGAACAAGUAAGAGAACAGGUGAAACAGUUCCUGUCCCAGGGUGGCUACUACGGUUCUGGAAAACAGUUGAACUCCAUGUUUGCGAAGGUACGAGAAAUGCUGCGAAUGAGGGACUCAAAUGGUGCACGGAUGCUGACAUUAAUAACAGAGCAGUUUAUGGCUGAUCCCCGUUUAUCACUUUGGAGGCAACAAGGAACGGGGAUGACCGACAAAUGUAGGCAGCUGUGGGAUGAAUUGGGUGCCCUGUGGGUUUGCAUUGUACUCAACCCUCAUUGCAAAAUGGAGGAAAAAUCCUGCUGGCUCAGGCAGCUCCGGAAAUGGAGUGAUAUGGAUGUAUGUCCAUUAGAGGAUGGAAACUAUGGAACAGAGUUGCCAAAUAUCACUAAUGCGCUUCCACAGAGUUCAAACCAUAGUCAAGAAUCAUUGGCAAGACCAAGACGGACAGUGUUUACACGAGCAAUAGAGGCCUGUGACCUUCAUUGGCAGGAUAGUCACUUACAAAGAAUAAUCAGCAGUGAUUUCUAUACGUCUCCCACUUAUCCACGAGAAGGAGAAAACCUGCUCUUCAACACACAAGGAUUGCCACUUUGGCUAGAGCAUGUUCCUACAGCUUGCGCACGAGUGGAUGCCCUACGUUCCCAUGGUUACCCAAAAGAGGCACUCCGAUUAGCUGUGGCCAUUAUCAACACUCUACGAUUACAGCAGCAGAGACAGUUAGAAAUCUACAAGCAUCAGAAAAAAGACUUGUUGCAAAGGGGAGUGACUACUAUUACAAACCUUGAGGGGUGGGUCGGUCACCCUCUGGACCCAAUUGGAUGCUUGUUUGCCACUUUGACAGAAGCAUGUAAACUAGAAGAUGAAAACUGCAUGGACGCAUCAGAUACUGGUGAUCCCAAACCCCCAGUUUUUCAGCAUGUGCCUGUUGUUGGUUGUCAAGAUGGUGGAGAGUCAUACCUGUCAUUAGCCUUGGAAGUGGCACUUGUGGGGAUGGGGCAGCAGCGAGUAAUGCCAGAAGGACUGUAUGCACAGGACAAGGUCUGCCGAAAUGAAGAGCAGAUAAUUGCCCAUUUGCAGGAGCUGCAACUUGAAGAGGUUUUGGUACAGACACUCCGUAAACAAUGCAUAUUACUGUUGGAAGGAGGCCCCUUCAGUGGUCUGGGAGAGGUGAUUCAUCGAGAAAGUGUUCCAAUGCACACCUUUGCCAAAUAUCUCUUUUCUGCACUCCUGCCUCAUGAUGCAGACCUGGCUUAUAAAAUUGGAUUACGUGCAAUGAGGUUACCUGUCCUAGAGACGACAGCCCCCUCUGGAGAUGUGUCACACCCACAUCACAUUGUGUCUGUAGUUCCAAGUCGCUAUCCCCGUUGGUUCACUUUGGGCCACCUUGAGUCUCAGCAGUGUGAGCUGGCAUCAACGAUGCUUACUGCAGCGAAAGGUGACAUGCUACGGUUACGUACUGUCCUAGAAGCAAUACAGAAGCACAUACACUCUUCAUCCCUCAUUUUCAAAUUGGCUCAGGAUGCUUUCAAAAUAGCCACACCUGCUGACAAUCCUCCUGACAUGACUCUGCUGAAUGUAGCAUUAGAACUCGGACUACAGGUUAUGAGGAUGACCUUAUCCACCUUGAACUGGAGACGGAGAGAGAUGGUGCGAUGGUUGGUCACAUGUGCUACUGAAGUUGGUGUGUGUGCUUUAGUCAGCAUUUUGCAAAGUUGGUAUACUUUAUUCACUCCCACUGAAGCAACCAGCAUUGUAGCAGCAACUGUCAUGUCGCAUAAUACUAUCCUCCGCCUGAGCCUGGACUACCCACAGCGUGAAGAGUUGGCCAGUUGUGCCCGAACCCUUGCCCUGCAAUGUGCUAUGAAAGAUCCCCAGAACUGUACUCUAUCAGCACUCACCCUUUGUGAAAAGGACCACAUUGCUUUUGAAACUGCAUAUCAAAUUGUCAUAGAUGCUGCUUCCACUGGCAUGACAUAUUCUCAACUUUUCACAAUUGCACGUUACAUGGAACACCGUGGCUACCCACUGAGGGCCUUCAAGCUGGCAUCACUUGCCAUGACUCAUCUAAACCUUGCUUAUAAUCAGGAUACUCACCCUGCAAUUAAUGAUGUUCUUUGGGCAUGUGCAUUGAGCCACUCCCUAGGCAAGAAUGAAUUGGCAGCCAUUAUCCCUUUGGUUGUUAAGAGUGUGCAUUGUGCUACUGUGCUGUCAGACAUUCUUCGUCGUUGCACAAUGACUGCUCCAGGUCUGGCUGGUAUCCCUGGCCGCAGAAACUCUGGGAAGUUAAUGUCCACUGACAAAGCCCCAUUACGACAGCUUCUGGAUGCCACAAUAAGCGCUUACAUAAAUACCACCCACUCACGCCUAACUCAUAUUAGCCCUCGGCACUAUGGAGAAUUCAUAGAGUUUCUCAGCAAAGCUAGAGACACAUUUCUUCUUGCUCAGGAUGGGCACAUACAAUUUGCACAGUUCAUAGACAAUCUGAAACAGAUAUACAAGGGAAAGAAAAAACUCAUGAUGCUUGUUCGAGAGAGAUUUGGGUGAGAGUGCAUCUUUUGUUUAAGGAAAAAAAAAACUUUGUAACCAAGAUGUGGCACUAACAGCAAAAGAAAACCCAAACAGCUGGCUAAGUUUGCUAAGUACUGUGUAUUGGAUCUUACCAUUUUAUACCUUGAGCAGAUUCAGUAACUACUUAGGCACAUAACCAAAACAUAUUGUGGUUAUUAACAAAAUAAUAAGAACUCCACAGAGUUAUUUGAUAUCUUACACUUGAUAGUGUAUGGUUGAUACCAAAUCCCCAAUAUGGAGAAUCCAUUACCUCUUUCCUGCAAGAAGCUUUAAACCUUUUCAGUUGGCCAGGUUACAAAGCAGAAGGAAAGAUUAUGGAACAAGCAGCCACAACACUAAACCUCAUGCACCACCAAAACAGUUUGUGGUUUGACUUGUUUAUACUUGACCAAGCAAGAUGUAUAUGAGCGUGUGAAUUUGUUUAUUUCCUCCAUUCGUGAAGGUACUUCCGUUCUCAGGGAUUGCAAAAACAAGUAACAAAAAAGCAUUUAUGAGACACUGUAAAUAUUAUAGUAUAUGUGUCAAUUAUUAAAAUGUAAAGUUAUAAUUAUUUAUAAUUAUUCUAUUUUUUUUGUUUUGUUUUGUUUUUGUUUUUAUUUUGAGGGAGUACUUUGAGUUAGGAUUAUUUCCAGGAGGAAACUAAAUGAACAUUUCUCAGGUUUCCCAAGCAGUUCGUGCUGUACAUGAGUGAGCAAGGGAAUAAAAAAGGGCAUGCAGAAUUGAAGCCCAGGUCUAUGCAGAAUCACGGAUACUGAUGUCACUGCCCUGAGUCAGAAGGUGAUGACCAUAAUGAAUCAUCGUGGCAGGCCAAAGGUUAGAAACUGAACUUGUAGGAAGCUUAACUGUGCAUUGGUCUCCAUAUUGUUUGAGAAUCAAAGAUGGGGCUAUAGCCUGCCUCUCAGUACCUCUGCUGAUGGUUUCUUCUGUGGCUCAAAAAGAGAGAAGGAAAAACGGUGUGAAGCAGUUGAACCUGUUGUACUUCAGCCUUCUUUCUUCAUUCUUAUGUCUACAUGUGCAUAAAUAGUCCUUUUGGCCAUUCUUUAUGCCCGUUCUGCACAGUGUGGUGCUGUGCAACCAGAUAACAGUGUUCCAUAUACGUUUUCAAGUCAUUGCCUUUACAAUGCCAUGUGUUCAAUAUUGGGAGCUGUCAGUCAUAUCUCAAAACCUCGUGUCUCCACCACUUCCUUCUGCUUUCUGGUUAAGGUUUUCAUAACCAAUAUAGCUGACCUUUUUAGUCCAGUUGCAUUACAAAAUGAAAACCAACAAAAAGCAAACAAAUAUGUACUUUUUAAUUUGUGUCAUUGUGUUAAAUGUACAAGUGUGUCUUAGUUUUAGGGGAGCAGAGGAGCAUUGUAAGUAGGGAAUGCUGACUAGAUUAUCUACUGUCUGAUUUAUUUUUUUAAAUUAAAAAUAAGUGUUUGUGUCGCCUCUACGCUACAGAAAAACAUGUACUCAGUAUUCGUUGCCACAGAAGUAUCGUUCAACACGUUUCCUUUCUUUUACAGCUUCUUGAGCUGUUUAAUAAAAAAGACAAUAUUAUUUAUGUAAUGCUACUACCAUUUUAUAUCAGUUGUGUUAAAUUUCAGUGCUUUUCUAAUGAAUAAACUCUGGAUCCUCUAAAA